CAACAACCAUCAAAAUACACUUCAUUUCUUUUUAUUAAUAUUAAAUCAUGGCUGCUUCAUCCAUGGCUCUUUCUUCCUCUACUUUCGCCGGUAAGGCGGUAAAACUCUCACCAUCUUCUUCUGAAAUCACCGGAAAUGGGAGAAUUACCAUGAGGAAGAGUGCUGCCAAGGCCAAGCCUGCCUCCUCUGGUAGCCCAUGGUAUGGUCCUGACCGUGUUAAGUACUUGGGCCCAUUCUCUGGUGAAGCCCCAAGCUACUUGACUGGUGAGUUUCCUGGUGACUACGGAUGGGACACUGCUGGACUUUCAGCUGACCCUGAAACAUUUGCUAAGAACCGUGAGCUUGAGGUGAUCCACUGCAGAUGGGCCAUGCUUGGUGCUCUUGGAUGUGUCUUCCCUGAGCUUUUGGCCCGUAACGGUGUCAAGUUUGGUGAAGCUGUAUGGUUCAAGGCUGGAUCCCAAAUUUUCAGCGAGGGUGGACUUGACUACUUGGGCAACCCAAGUUUGGUCCAUGCACAAAGCAUCUUGGCUAUCUGGGCUUGCCAAGUUGUGUUGAUGGGAGCCGUUGAGGGUUACCGUAUUGCUGGUGGGCCUCUUGGUGAGGUUGUUGACCCACUUUACCCUGGUGGUAGCUUUGACCCAUUGGGCCUUGCUGAUGACCCAGAGGCUUUUGCUGAGCUCAAGGUUAAGGAAAUCAAGAAUGGCAGACUUGCUAUGUUCUCCAUGUUUGGAUUCUUUGUCCAAGCUAUUGUCACCGGAAAGGGUCCAUUGGAGAACCUUGCCGACCACCUUGCUGACCCAGUUAACAACAACGCUUGGGCCUUUGCCACAAACUUUGUUCCCGGAAAGUGAGCUUAACAAUAUGUUGAUCUCUAACCUCCAAUUAGUGUGAGAUUAUGAGUUUUUAGCUUUGUGAGAGAUGAAUCUAUAGAAGGGGUCAGUUUUUUAAGAGCAUUCUGGGUUAUGGGUUCAGUACAAGAUUAUUGUGUAUGUGGUGUAAAUUGGUUUGGAUUAAUUAAUGAAGAACAAGUUAAUUUUUUCAUAUA